UCUUCCGGAACACAAAAAGAGAUUUUAAGGCAGUCACCAGUUGCUUUCUUGUUAUGAAGAAGAAGAAAAAAGAGAGAGAGAGAAAGAGAGAUGACAUUAAAAUAUCGGUUACUUAGACUGACCAUCCUUGACAUUCUGCUAUCCAUCCCUCCAAGUCUUAAAGGUUUAGAACAACAUGACACGGCAGAACCACAGCCAAGAGAGGACAGCGAUACUCCUGAUUUUGGAUGUACUCGUGAGUACAAUCCAGUGUGUGGAGACGAUGGUAUCACUUACUCCAAUGAGUGCAUGCUACACUGGGAGAGCAAGCUACGUAACCAGAAUGUCAAUGUAAAGCACGAAGGAAAAUGCAAGACCUCCUGAUUUCACUGCUGUUACAGCUAUGACAUCCAUAAUGGCUUUCCAUUUAGAUUCUACAACAACAACCAGCAUGAUCUAUCAAAUAUUAAUCAGUAUCAUACAGUAUAAGGUCAUAUGCUAUUGGAACUUUAUGAAAGAUUGAUUUGUCAACAUGUAAUGUAAUGCAAUAAAUCAUUUAAGAGCUCUAUUUUAUUACGAAAGUAAUGAUUAAAAAGUCUAGUUUCAAAUAAACUACUUUCAUUCUCUGAA